AUUCGUUGGACGCAACACAUCAUGAUAUAUGAGCACUGAGCAGUACUGCUCGUUAAUUUGAACGAUGGUGAAGAGCUCAAAGUUGCGCAUUGCGUUUAUCCACCCUGACUUGGGAAUCGGAGGAGCCGAAAGGCUGGUUGUAGAUGCUGCAUUGGGUUUACAAUCCCUGGGUCACUCUGUGGAUAUAUACACCUCUCAUCACGACAAGCACCACUGCUUUGACGAGACAAGAGAUGGAAGAUUGUCCGUCCAUCAUGUAAUUCCACCGCUACCUCGGUCCAUACAGGGAAAGUUUCAUAUCAUGUUUGCACAUGCAAGGCAGCUACAUCUCACAAUGCACCUCAUGUGCACAUCAGCGCAUCAAUAUGACGUCUUCUUCGUUGAUCAACUCUCUACUUGCAUACCCUUCCUCCGAAUGUUUUGUGGGAAACGAGUUGUUUUCUACUGCCAUUUUCCGGACAAGCUUCUUGCGAACGGUGCCUACGUAGAGGACCAGCGGGGGAAGAAUGUUGGUAUCCUGAAAUACAUCUAUCGUUUCCCAAUGGAUUGGCUAGAGGAGGCGACUACGACACAGGCUGACCUGAUUCUCGCCAACUCAAAGUUCACUGCACGAGUAACCAAGUCGCACUUCUCUUCCCUCACACACCAGCUGAAAGUCGUCUAUCCUGGUAUUAAUAUCGCAGCCUAUAUUUCACCAACCGACCCAUCAGAUCCCGAUAUCCGUCAGGUCGCAUCACAACGGCGAACAUUAUUGUCCCUCAACCGGUUUGAAAUGAAGAAGAAUGCUGCUUUGGCAAUAGAAGCAUUUGCGAUACUGCGGAACAAGGAUCCGAGUACAUCAGACGUAAGGCUGGUUCUUGCUGGUGGCUAUGAUCCUCGUGUAGAGGAUAAUAUACGCACCCUGAAAUCUCUCAUUGAACUGGCACAGUUCAAUGAUUUAACUUACAACGUUAUCACCCCGUUACAGUCCCGCGUGUCAGUACCGUCGUUCCCGGAGAUAACCCCGAAUGAGCCGGAUGUAUUGUUCCUCUUAAACUUUACCACCGCGCAGCGUUCAGGUCUACUGCAGGCUCAAUCUACACUCGCUCUAUUAUAUACCCCAGCUAACGAACACUUCGGAAUUGGACCAGUGGAAGGCAUGAUAUGUGGCCUGCCAGUACUUGCCUGCGACAGCGGUGGACCCACGGAGAGUAUCGUUGACCAGCCAGCAGAUCAAAGGACCGGAUGGCUCUACCGUCCCCAGCCAUCGGUGUGGGCUGAAGCAUUGAAGGAAAUCUGUAAUCUCUCAGAGACAGAUAGGAAGGCGCUCUCGCAGAGAGCUCGGGAUCGUGCCCAGACGAUGUUUGGAAUGGAGGCGAUGGCGAAGUCCCUCGAGGAAGUUUUGGAAGAGGCGGUAUCUAUUGGACCAGUGUCAAGAACGGGGAUGUGGCUCGUGAUGUCUGCAGUUCUGGGGUUGUUGGUGGUUUUAAUCUUUCGGUAUGGAUCGUUUUCAGGGUAGUUCUUUGAUUGCGAAUGGACAGGACUUUUUUUGCGGUUAUUCGAUAGGUCGGGAUUCUAUUCAAAAGUUCCGCGUGAUGGCGAAGUCCUUGAACCACGUAUACUGUUGUUUGGGAGUGGCCCAACCGUCUCCGUGCCCGCCGAAGAAAGUGCUAAAGAAAAGCCCAACAAAACCGACCGCUGGUUCUUCGCUGGCAUCACUGGUACUAUCAACAGAGAUCUUGUCAGCGACGAUUAUCGUCGGCGCUUCUCGUGCCGUAUGGAUGAUGUAUGAUCGAGAAGCUACAGCUUCUUGCGCUGCGGCAGUCACUGCCAGAAUUCCCAGCAGACCACCUUGUGUUUGCU